GAAUGGCCUCGAUGUGGGCCCCACUGGAUCCCGGUGGGCCCGGGCCAAACGAACCAGUAAACUAAUAGCUUCGCUUCCGAGUUCGAGCCUCUCAUGACCAUGGCCGCCGCCGCCGCCGCCGCCGAGCUCGACGAGACAAGCUAGACGUACAGAAACCGCGCGAAGAAGAAUAAGAAUGCGGCCGUGGCUUGUGCCGCCGCCGCCGCCGGCGUGGCACGGCGUGGUGAUCAGGAUGCUGCAGGCGCCGGCGGUGGUGGCGCUGGCCGCCGUGCUCGCGGCGUCGACGUCGCCAGCGACGGCGGCGGCGGCUGCUGCUGAUCCGGCUCCGCAGGAGGAGGCGGCGGCGGAGGGCGGCGCGGCGAGCACGCUGUGCAACGUGCCGCCGACGCUGUCGGGGGAGGACAAGCAGGCGGAGAAGAUAAAGCACCCAAAGUCGGCGAGCGCCAUGCGGUGCACCUCCAAGUGCGUCAGCACCUGCGUCCUCGGCGGCGCCGGCUCGCCCGGCGUCGACGGCCCCUUCAACAUCAGGAGACCACUGGUGGUGUUCAAGGAGGAUUUUCGCAGCCGUCAGUACUGCCUUCUGGAAUGCUCGGACAUCUGCAACCUAAUCAAGGACGGAGAAGAUGGCCAAUGACUCGAGAUGUAUUAUGCUGCUUCACCAAGCAGAUUAGCAGCUAAGACACGCGUGAAUCCGUCAAGGAAGCAAUCAAGCAUUACAGAAUGGAUGAUUUAGAAGCAAACAAGUGAUUAGCUUGGAACAAACGUGCAUGCCGGCCCAGAUUAACUGAAGAACCAUGGCGUCGGACCUGUCAACUGAAUCGUGAUACGGAUGAACACAAGUCCGGUCCAUACUGUAUACUGUACAGUUGCAUUAGGUCUCUAACAACACCGAGUUAGCUUGAUGUAGCCAGCUCCCUACGUAGUGCGAAAUCCCGAGUUAAAUUUAAGAUUGGAUUAAGUACACAUCUCCUUGUCAAGUUGUUCAAACCCGUCUCUUUGCAUACGCAUUUGCACUUACAUGUUUGUAUAUGCAGAAUAGCUUGCAAACUUAUAAUUAGACCUUUUUUUUUGAACUGAUGAUCACACUGUUUGCCUAAA